AGCCAGCAGGAGUCACACCAUCACAGGCGGUUCAGCGGGCGGUGACAGUGGGAGAGAGAAGCGAAACAGCCGGGGCGGAAGCGCCGCGAAAGCGAGAAGGAAAAGUUUUAAAGGGCUGGUUACGAUGGUAACCUUUUGUCUCUACCCGAGCUGCAAACUUCUGCUUUGGCACAAGGGCAAAGACGAACCGAGAGAGGAGUUUUAAAGACGGUUCUCGUGGCCAAGCAGAGGUCAAGUGGAUUGGCUUGUUUGGAGCACUCGCUGGUUGUCUAUUGUAGUAAAGUUUCCCAUCAACAAUGGGGCUGCCGACCCUGGAGUUCAGUGACUCGUUCCUGGACAGCCCUGAUUUCAGGGAGCGCGUGCAGUGUCACGAAACUGAGCUGGAUCGGACAAACAAAUUCAUCAAAGAGCUCAUUAAAGAUGGAAAUAUGCUUAUCGCGGCGCUGAAAAGUCUGUCGGUGGCCGUGCUGAAGUUCUCCCAGUCGCUGCAGGAGUUCCAGUUCGAGUGCAUCGGAGACGCCGAGACGGACGACGAGAUCAGCAUCGCUCAGUCUUUCAAGGAGUUCUCUCAGCUGUUAAGUACAGUGGAAGAAGAGAGAAGGCGACUGAUACAGAACGCUGACGACGUCCUGAUCACGCCGCUGGAGAAGUUUCGGAAAGAGCAGCUCGGUGCGGCAAAAGAAGGAAAGAAGAAAUUUGACAAGGAAACAGAGAAGUACUACUCCGUUUUGGAGAAGCACCUAAAUUUGUCAUCGAAAAAGAAAGACAGCUUUUUACAAGAGGCAGAUGCUCAGAUUGAUAAAGACAGGCAGGUAUUUUACGAUGCCUCCCUCGAAUACGUCUUCAAAAUACAAGAAGUUCAAGAGAAGAAGAAGUUUGAAUUUGUCGAACCGUUGCUGGCCUUCCUCCAGGGCCUGUUCACCUUCUACCACGAGGGCUACGAGCUGGCGCAGGAGUUUGAGCCCUACAAGAAACAGCUGCAGUUCAAUCUCCAGAAUACAAGGAACAACUUUGAGAGCACCAAACAGGAAGUGGAAAAUCUGAUGAAGAGGAUAAGGUCGGUGGAUCAGGACUACAUACCCCCGGGGAAGUGGGCCAUGGAGGGCUUUCUGUACGUCCAGGAGAAGCGGCCCCUCGGUUGCACCUGGGUCAGGCACUACUGCACGUUCGAGAAAGGGACCAAGACCUUCUUCAUCAGCAACACGGAAAACAAGUCCGCCUGCAAGCAAAACGGCGUGGUGGUGAGUCCGCCUGAGAUGUUCAAACUGAAGUCCUGUGUCCGGAGGAAGACCGACUCCAUCGACAAGCGCUUCUGUUUCGACAUAGAGGUGGUGGAGAGAAAUACCAUCUAUCACGGAAAUACUUUCAGGCCUCUGCAAGUUUUCUGUAAAGUCCGGCAUGGCAUCCUCACUCUCCAGGCUCUUUCUGAGUCCAACAGAAGGCUCUGGCUCGAGGCCAUGGACGGGAAGGAGCCGAUAUACAACCUUCCAGCCAUUUUGAGCAAAAAAGAAGAGACCUUCCUGAACGAGGCCGGCUUUAAUUUCGUGAAGAAAUGCAUCAGCCUUGUGGAGGACAGGGGCAUUAACACCAUGGGACUGUACAGGAUCGGAGGGGUGAACUCUAAAGUGCAGAAGCUCAUGACUGCUGUGUUUGCCAAAUCAGCGCCGGACGAGGACCUGGACCCCGAAGUCUGGGACAACAAGACCAUCACCAGCGGCCUGAAAGACUACCUCAGAUGUCUCUCAGAGCCCCUCAUGACGUACCGGCUCCACAAAGACUUCAUCACCGCUGUCAAGUCGGACGAUCAGAACCAAAGGGUGUGUUCCGUGCACGCCCUGGUCCACAAGCUUCCGGAGAAGAACAAAGAGAUGCUGGAGCUUCUGAUCAGACACCUGGUCAGGGUGUCCACACACAGCCAGUCGAACAUGAUGAGCGUGGCCAACCUGGGCGUGAUCUUCGGGCCUACGCUGAUGCGCUCCCAGGAGGAGACCGUGGCGGCCAUGAUGAACAUCAAGUUCCAGAACAUCGUGGUGGAGAUCAUGAUGGAGAACUUUGAGAAGAUCUUCCAGCAGGCCCCCGACCCCAACGCCCCAGUGCCACCCCCCUCCACCCAGCCCCAGCCCCACUGCAGCACCUCCCGCAAGAGCAGGGGCCCCCGCCUGUCCACGGGCCCCAGGAAGUCCCGGGGCCUGUACCCCCCGGCCCUGUGCCUGGCUGACGGAGACAGUGACACGUACAGCAGCAGUCUGGCCAGCACCCCCGUAGGCAGCAUCGAGUCCCUCUCCUCCCACUCCUCCGAGCAGAACACCUCGUCCAAAACGGUCUCUCAGUCUCAGGCGCCGGACCAGUCCCCCGGCAGCCCGUCCGGCACCCCGUCCCAGGCCUGCUCCUCCUCCAACGGUACCGCGACCCCCCCGGGGACCGCCAUCCCGCCCGGGACCGCCAAACCGCCAGGCGCCGCCCGCACCAGCUCCAGCUCCAGGGACGAGGCGACCGAGCCAGACGGCGAAUCGGACGACUCCCAGACCCUGUCCUGUUCCCGGGCGGGCCGCAAGCCCUCGGACGGCCCCAAAAAGUCCCGGCGCACCCCGACGGACCCGGAGCCCCCGGACCUCAAGCCCUCAGCCGCCCCCUCCCUCACAUCGCUGGGUACCUCCGAAGGUCAGCACGGCUGCAGGGGAUCUGUCCAGAGUCUGGUGGCCUUGAUCCAGCGGGACAGUGCCAAGGCCCCGCCCCACCCAGAACUCCCGCCCAAAAUGGCCGUCCGGCGCAGGCCCGAGGGCUCGGCCAGUAAUGGCUACCAGUGGCCCGGCUCAGUGGUUGCAGCCAGAGCGAUGGUCUUUGAAAUCUCCACGCAGUCUACUUCCGUUGGACGAGAUGCUAAAGCGAUGUACUCCUGCAAGGCGGAACACAGCCAUGAAUUAAGCUUCCCCCAGGGGGCGCUCUUGUCAAACGUAUAUCCUUCAGUGGAACCUGGCUGGCUCCAAGCAACAUAUGAAGGAAAAACAGGCCUAAUCCCUGAAAAUUAUGUGGUGUUCCUCUAAAAAAGCUCCUGAGUAGCAUCUGUAUGUUUCAUGGUAUCCAUGGUAACGCUGUCCUUCAAAGUGGCUCUGAAGCCUGCUCCCCAUUGGCUCAGCUGUCCCUCUAACAGCUGAUUGGCUGCAGAAGCUCUACAUUAGAGUACAAUGGCGGGAUAUACCACCCUUGUACUCUGAAGUAUUUAUAGAUUAUAUAUAAUCAUAUAUAAAAUGAAAUAAAUAUUUUCUGUACAUCAUAUCAGCUGUUUUAUACAACAGUAGGCAACAAGUAAUUUUGUUUCACAUUAAGUAAUUAUGUCUUUUAUUUUUAUUUACUGACACACUUUUAUUCCUGUUUCCACAAGUUCUUAUUUGUCCUCUUGAGUUUGACAAAAACAUUUCCAUCCAUUUCAACCAAAGCUUUUGUACUGAAGUUUGCCACAUUUUUUGAUUUUUAAAAAUAUUUUAUGCACAGUGUUAGGACCUUUCACUUUUGUAAAAUUCCAGUGGGCCAAAUUAGGUAAUUAAUAUGUUUUAAUAUGAGUAUAAGUGUGCUGUCAUUUAUUUGAAGUCAUUUCAUCAGUGUUUUGGUACCACAUAUUAUAAUACUAUGUUGUAGUAUUGUAAUAUUAUAUUAAGUAAAUCAGUAAUACACCCUU